AUGGCAAAGGCGUCAGAGCUGCUUGAGCUGAAGCUGAAGCUGGCAAAGACGCGAUGUGCUGGCCAGGGUCCCGUUGCGCCCAGCCUUGGCCCCAAAUUUGUAGAGAGCAACGAGUUGAAAUUCGCGAUUUCGAGCAAGAAGCUGCAGGCAAUUCAAAUUUUGGCCGCCAUCGAAAUUCAAGUGGGGAAGGCGUGGGCGUUGCGUUUGGGGCGGCGGCGGCGCGCUCGGCUGCAAGGGUUCGCGCUCUCGGACCAGCGAGGUGCGACAAGGGCAAACGUGCCCGUAGCCACAGCCAACCCCUCUGCAGCGGCUGCCUCUCUCUGGCCGAAAGUUUGCUGGAGAGGCCAGACAUUUCGGCGGGUGCUAUUGGAGCGCUUCGACAAGGUCAAGCCAUCUUCUGCAACACCAUCACCCUAUCUGGUAUCCUCCCUCAAUACAUCGCCCAUCAUGAAGGGCGCUCCACCGGCACUUCGAGAGCCGCAACUGUGUCGGCCCACGGGCGUGCGCGCGGGCAGUCCGGCAAAGAUCGCUGCACUCACGCUGCUUCGGUACCUGAUCUUGGUCAUCGUGUCGCUAUCGAUCGAGAGUUCCGUGACUGACGCGUCUCCAUCUGGUCUUUGCUUGUCCGCCCUACAGCUCUACACUGACGUCAUCGCCAACGACGAGAUGUGCUCGGACGGUUACGAGAUGAAGCUCGUCGACGAUGUUGUGUACGAGGUCGACGCUGCCAAGAUUGUCGUCUCGGACGGUGAUGUCGACAUUGGCGGCAACCCCUCUGCCGAGGAAGAGGCCGAGGCGCUCGAGAACGGUGCCGAGCAGGUCAUCAACAUUGUCCACUCGUUCCGCCUCCAGUCCACCUCGUUCGACAAGAAGUCCUACCUCGCCUACCUCAAGGGCUACAUGAAGGCGGUCAAGGCCAAGCUCGCCGAGACCAACCCGGACCGCAUCCCCGCCUUUGAGAAGGGCGCCGCUGCCUUUGCCAAGAAGAUCGUCGGCUCCUUCGGCGACUGGGAGUUCUACACCGGCGAGUCCAUGGACCCCGAGGGCAUGGUCGCGCUCCUCAACUACCGCGAGGACGGCGUGACCCCUUACCUCGUCUUCUGGAAGGACGGCCUCCGCGAGACCAAGAUCUAA